AUGACGGUUUUCCGGAAACUGUUGCUUCCGAUUUUGAUUGUUUUGUUUUGCUUUUCGUUUUUGUUUAUUUUUGUAGAGAAUAAUCAGAAGCUGACGUUUGAAUUUUCAUCAAGCAUACGGCUUGAAAAGUAUUUCCCAUCACUGCCGAAAACCGAUGAAAAUAACCCAAAAGCUGAAUCCGCAGCUGAAGAUUUAUCAAAAUCAAAUGACUUAAAAAAUCAAAUAAACGUCGAGCGCCCGGUUUUAUCAAAAUUAACGGGCGCCUGUGCGCUCGACAGAGAAGUGCAGUCCGAUGUUGGGAAGACAAUUGAGCCAAAGUACAAGCUCGAUCCGACGAGAUUUCUAGCCGUGGCUGGUUCAAGAGGGCCGAACAAUCAAAUUGUGUCGAUUCGAGACUCGAUCUAUCUAGCCGUCGCUCUGAACAGGACGCUGAUAAUUCCGCCCUGGUUCAAACACGAUCGUGGCGAUCCAACUUCCAAUGGUUCAACCACGGCGAUCGUUCCUUUUCAUCAAAGAAUGGACAUGUCAAAAAUCAAAUCGCUCAUUUCGGUCAUUGAACCCGAAGACGCGCAACAAGCUUGUGGCGAAGAUGGAUUCGACAUAAUCUAUAGACUUCAAACGAUUUGCCAAAAAGAGAAUUACCCGCGCGUCCAGGCGAUCGAGGAGUACUACAAUUUUACCUCUUCUUCUUCCCUCAAUCUCACUUAUUACUGCCAAAACUGGAAGAAACAACAACUCGCUCCCUUUGAAACCUUUCCUCCUCCAGACGAGCUGAAAUCCUAUAAAGCAGGAAAUUUCCUUCAAGUGGCCAGUUUGGCCGACGCUCGAAAGAAACUCAGCAGUGAUCACAAAUGUCCAGUGGCGAGCUAUCCUUACAAAUGCACGCCGAUAAUGAGACAGUGGCACAAACCAGAAGCGGAUGAUGGCGAAUUGUCAAAGGCGAUUUUUGAACAUACUCAAAGACCGGAACAUCUGGAGAUCUUCGUCGACUCCUUCGUCCGAAAGUACUCGCCAGACAAGAAAUUCCUCUCGAUCCACUGGAGAUACGACGAAAAAGACUGGAAAAACGAGCAGUGCAAGGCAAUCCAAUACAAACUGAUCUGCGACAACUUUGAUCUUCUUUCUGAUUCCAAAGCGAUCGCGGAUUUUCUCGGGAAACAUUUGGACAAAAUUGGCGGAGAAGAAGUUUUCGACUUUAUUUAUAUUGCUACUCCACCUUCCGAAAUGGAGCUGAUCCACGGCGUCCAGCGAGAAUUCGAAAAUCAAGGAAGACUCAAAAUCGUCACUCAAAUGCAGCUCAUCGACGCGCUUGCGGAGAACUACGCUAACUGCGGCGAAAAAUACGAAGACCUUCGAUUUGAAAUCUUGUCGCUCGCGGAAAUGGAGAUCUCCAUCACGGCUUCAACUUACUAUCUUUCUUAUGGCUCGAGUUGGUCUUUCAACGUCGCGAUUGAAAGAUCUGUGAUGGGGCGAGGAGAAACUAUUUCGAACACGGAGAUUUUCUCCGAUUUGAAAGAAGGAAAGAAACUCUAA